AUGUAUAUAAAAGGUUCUGCCUCGGCGGCUUCUUCACUCCUCCGAAGAGCGUCCAGGGCUAGAAACGUCUCUUCGCUGUCUCCCUCGUCCUCUUCUCCCGCUCUCGCGUCUCCGUCGCCUGCGGCGGCACCGAAAUUGUCCCCGGCUUCUUCCUUGAAUGGCAGCUACCGGCACCAGCAGCAGCGAUCUCUGAGUUUCUACUCCGCCGUCCGAUCCCUCCCGCGGUGGAGCCACGGUGUCAAUUGGCUGUCUUCACGCGGCGGUAGUCCGAGUGCGCACGCUAGAGCGGGUGCUAUCCCGGCGAUUGAGCAGUUCCAGAGGAAGAUCGCAUCCAUGGCUACCGAGCAUCCUUUCAAGGAAAUUUUCACUUCCCUACCCAAGCCAGGGGGCGGGGAAUUCGGGAAGUUCUACAGUCUGCCUGCUCUGAAUGAUCCCCGUAUUGAAAAGCUUCCCUAUUCCAUUAGAAUUCUCUUGGAAUCUGCCAUCCGUAACUGCGAUAACUUCCAAGUCACCAAAGAAGAUGUUGAGAAGAUCGCUGAUUGGGAAAACUCCUCCCCCAAACAAGUGGAGAUCCCUUUCAAGCCUGCUCGUGUUCUGUUGCAGGAUUUUACUGGAGUACCAGCUGUUGUCGACCUAGCUUCUAUGCGUGAUGCAAUGGCCAACCUUGGCAGUGAUCCCAGCAAGAUUAAUCCUUUGGUCCCCGUUGAUCUUGUAAUUGAUCAUUCAGUUCAAGUUGACGUGACUAGAUCAGAAAACGCCGUACAGGCUAACAUGGAACUUGAAUUUCAGAGGAACAAGGAGAGAUUUGCAUUCCUUAAAUGGGGUUCUACUGCUUUCGAUAAUAUGCUUGUAGUUCCUCCUGGUUCCGGUAUUGUGCAUCAGGUAAAUCUCGAGUAUCUUGGACGAGUUGUGUUCAACAAGGAUGGGGUCAUGUAUCCCGAUAGUGUGGUUGGAACUGAUUCCCACACUACCAUGAUUGACGGAUUGGGAGUUGCUGGGUGGGGUGUCGGAGGCAUUGAAGCUGAGGCUGCCAUGCUGGGUCAGCCCAUGAGCAUGGUGUUACCUGGUGUUGUUGGAUUCAAGUUGUCUGGAAAGCUGCGCAAUGGUGUGACUGCCACUGACUUGGUCUUAACUGUAACUCAAAUGCUGAGGAAGCAUGGAGUUGUAGGAAAAUUCGUCGAGUUCUAUGGUGGAGGAAUGAGUGAGCUGUCAUUAGCUGAUAGAGCAACCAUAGCCAACAUGUCUCCUGAGUAUGGUGCAACUAUGGGGUUCUUCCCUGUAGAUCAUGUCACUCUAAAGUAUCUUAAACUGACUGGGAGGAGUGAUGAAACUGUAUCAAUGAUUGAAGCAUAUCUGCGGGCAAAUAAGAUGUUUGUUGACUACAAUGAGCCGCAACUAGAAAGAGUGUAUUCAUCGUACCUGCAACUAGACCUUUCGGAGGUUGAGCCCUGUAUUUCUGGACCCAAGAGACCUCAUGAUCGCGUGCCUCUUAGAGAGAUGAAGUCAGACUGGCAUUCAUGUCUUGAUAACAAAGUUGGAUUCAAGGGUUUUGCCAUACCUAAAGAAUCCCAAGGCAAAGUGGCUAAGUUUUCAUUUCACGGGCAACCAGCAGAGCUUAAGCACGGCAGUGUUGUGAUUGCUGCAAUCACCAGCUGUACCAAUACCUCUAAUCCAAGUGUCAUGCUUGGAGCUGGUCUCGUUGCCAAAAAGGCCCACGAACUUGGCUUGAAGGUCAAGCCAUGGGUAAAGACAAGUCUUGCUCCGGGUUCUGGGGUGGUUACAAAGUAUUUGCUUGAGAGUGGUUUGCAAGAGUAUUUGAACCAUCAGGGCUUCAACAUUGUUGGUUAUGGCUGCACAACAUGCAUUGGUAACUCUGGAGAAAUUGAUGAAGCUGUUGGUGCUGCUAUUACAGAAAAUGACAUUGUUGCCUCAGCUGUGCUUUCCGGUAACCGAAACUUCGAAGGUCGUGUUCAUGCCUUGACAAGAGCAAACUACCUUGCUUCACCGCCAUUAGUAGUUGCAUACGCCCUUGCUGGCACUGUCGAUAUUGACUUCGAAAAAGAGCCCAUUGGAAAAGGCAAGGACGGAAAGGAUGUUUAUUUCAGGGAUAUCUGGCCAUCUACCGAAGAAGUUGCACAGGCUGUUCAAUCAAGCGUGUUGCCUGAGAUGUUCAAAAGUACGUACCAGUCCAUCACAAAGGGCAACCCCAUGUGGAAUCAGCUCGCAGUACCAACUGGAAGCUCUUACUCAUGGGACCCGAACUCCACCUAUAUUCAUGACCCUCCUUACUUCAAGAGCAUGACUCUUGACCCUCCUGGUGCUCACGGGGUGAAAGAUGCCUACUGCCUUCUCAAUUUUGGUGACAGCAUCACCACUGAUCACAUCUCGCCAGCUGGAAGCAUCCACAAGGACAGCCCUGCUGCCAAGUUCCUCCUUGACCAUGGAGUGGACCGCAAGGACUUCAACUCCUACGGUAGUCGACGUGGCAAUGAUGAAAUCAUGGCUAGGGGAACUUUUGCUAAUAUCCGCAUUGUCAACAAGCUUCUGAAGGGCGAAGUUGGCCCUAAGACGGUCCACAUUCCCACUGGCGAGAAGCUUUAUGUGUUCGAUGCUGCAAGCAAAUACAAGAAAGAAGGACAGGACACCAUCAUUCUUGCCGGAGCUGAGUAUGGAAGUGGAAGCUCCAGAGAUUGGGCAGCUAAGGGUCCAAUGCUACUGGGUGUGAAAGCAGUGAUUGCAAAGAGCUUCGAGAGAAUCCAUCGCAGCAACUUGGUCGGAAUGGGGAUCAUCCCACUCUGUUUCAAGGCCGGCGAGGAUGCAGACAGCCUGGGCUUGACUGGUCACGAACGGUACACCAUUGACCUUCCGAGCAGCAUCAGCGACAUCAGACCUGGCCAAGACGUAACUGUCACGACCGACAAUGGGAAAUCAUUUACCUGCACAGUCCGAUUCGAUACAGAGGUGGAAUUGGCUUAUUUCGACCAUGGAGGCAUUCUUCCGUAUGUGAUCCGCAACUUGAUGAAGAAGCAAUGA